AAUGUCAUAGACAGACGGCUUGAUCGAGAUGUGGCUGUUGCGAGAGGGGCGUGCCUCAGAGUUCUGCUUACUCCCUCCUCACUGCUGCCGCUAUGCGGACUUGUCUCCUCGUCUUACUGCUCGUAGCAGCCUCUUUUGUCGAAUGUGCUAAGAAAACAACAAAGAAGAAGGAUCUCGAUGAACUUGAAAGCCUUCUCGAAAACAUUGAUGAGGAUCAAGAGACCGAAACCGUUGCACCAACCAAAAAAGCAGCAGCCACAGUGGUGAAAAAUCCAUGUGAAGACCAUGUAUGUGGAUGGGGAAAAGAAUGCGUAGUGGGAAAGAAGAGUGAACCACACUGUGAAUGCAUCAGCAAGUGUCCCGAGCUUGACGGAGAUCCAAUGGACAAGGUCUGUGCCAACAACAACGAGACUUUUGUCUCCCUUUGCGACUUGUAUCGUGAACGAUGCCUGUGCAAGAAGGGUUCAAAGCAAUGUGCGAAGAAGUCCCACGCUAAAGUCCAUCUGGAAUACUUGGGAGAGUGCAAGUUAUUGAGCGAAUGCACCGAAGAACUCAUGGCUCAGUUCCCUGAGCGCAUGGCUGACUGGCUCUUCCAGGUCAUGAAAGAGCUGAAGAAACGUCGUGAACUGCACAAGCUUGAGUGGGAAGAACUCCUCCAAGAAGCUGAGGCUGAUGAUGAGAAGAGACACGUAUACCCCGUAAUCUGGAAGUUCUGUGACUUGGACAUCAAGCCUCACGACAAGGCAGUAUCCCACCACGAACUCAUCCCAAUUACGGCACCUGUGAUUCCAAUGGAAUCAUGUAUCAAGCCAUUCUUGGAAGGAUGUGAUACCGACAACGACGGCACGAUUUCCAUCCAUGAAUGGGGAAAGUGCUUGGGACUUAAGGAUGGUGAGAUCCAAGAGCGUUGCUAGACGGUCAUAAAUCGAAAUCAACGAAGCUUACAGCUAUUCACUGCCACUAACUCAUUGCCCAUCAGAUAUUGUGCCUUAAUUUACUAUUGCGUUCUUGCCCAUCGUAAUUAAGUAAUAAAUUGAAUAAAGUCUAUUUAUACUGCUU